AUGUGGUGGUUGCAACCCGGUUUUGUAAUCCUGGUCGCCCUCUCCUACUCGAGGGCGCAAACGUCACCCAGUCUGUCAUUUCCAUGGUGUGAGACGAGUAAGAAGUUUAUGUUGAUUUUUUAAUAAUCUUUUCAGUUGAAUGUACAAUGCUGUUCGUCUCAGAUCUCUCGACGGAUGACGUUGACGACGAUGAUAAAUUCUAUUGUGAGCAGAGUUAUCAAAUAUUCAUCUUGUUUCAGAUGUUUUUGUGCCCGGUGAGGAUAUUCUGGCUAAAUGGGGGAAUGGAUCAGUGGAGACUUUGAUCCAGAAGCACUACACAUCCCUGGAACACAAUGAAUACACUUCUUUGAUCUUCUCGGAUUCUCCCCAUUUCCCUCGAUUUUCAUAUGCUUUUAUCCCCGAAUUGGGUCGAUUCCAAGAUAUUAUCCUUGGGGAGAAGGCCCACACACCCGAUCAAUUGAUAGAAUUCGUCCAAAAAACUGGUCCUUACUCAAUAUAUUCUUUUCAAGAGGAGACGAAAGGAUGCGUGGACAAAUAUGGCUAUCCUACAGUAAGAAAAUCACCGCAAUUGACGAGGGUUUAGAGAAAUAUUUACAAUUCGACCACUUGCAUGUCCAUAAUGAAUCUCGGAGCCUCUUCGGAUCGCCUUGAAUAUUAUUCCGGACCUCUGACCUGGAAUCGGAUUCAAUUCACAAAAGAAGAUUUGCUUUUGAGAUGGGUCCUGACCAAUCAGACGUAAGAACAAUUCAAUUCGUUUUAUCUUUUAGCUUCGCCACCGUUGAUUAUCAAGGAAAACUUCACAUAGAUAAAUUUCUUUCCUGUCGCCACACCGAGAACGGCACUUCGGGGAGUGUUUGCUACUCCUCUUACAAUAUAUUCCAAUUUGCGAGUGUCUGUUGUUGUUACGAAAAGUUUUGUAAUCUGGUGGAUCCCUUGAAAGAUCAAAUGCUGGGUCUGGUUAGAUGCCCGGCCGGACACUACUCUUCUCUCGGGGUUGCGCCUCGAAUCAACUCUUAUCAAUACGCAGAUUUCGCCCAGAAUUCGGUCGGCCAAUAUUGUGGUCUGUCUUACGAAGCAUCCCAACCAAAGUGAGUAAAAUGAAUAGGAUAAUAUUAGCCUUGAAUAUUUUAGUGGCCAACAUCCACGGUUCAACAUAACCUUGUUCAGUGUCAACUUGACUGGGGAGAAUGCGGAAUCUCUGAGGGAAUCACUCAACAAGAGCCAGGUCGCCUGUUUCUUGGAUGAUUUUAAAUGCCCUGGGGCCUUAAUCACAAUCAGCACCAACACAGGCGGUCGUCGGAUGGGGGCAAAUUGUACUUGCGUGGACCCAGAAGAGUGCAUCAAAAGAGCUAAACAACAUUAUCACACUCUCAACAGAUACUUUGGAAAUGAUGUGGCAAGUAGAAUAUAAUAAUAAUUGGGUUACUGUAGAAAUUAUACAAAGAUUAGGCUCCUCGCCGAAUUGGCAUUCUGUUUCAAGAUGAUUACAAGUAUAAUUACUGUGUUCCAGAAGGUGGAAUGUGCCCAUAAAACCUUCUACGACAGCGAAUUUCAUCUGGAUUCCUGCAAUGUUUACUACGAUCUGGUUAAAGAGAGGCCAGUGGGCCUGUCCGAGAAUAACAACUUCUACACAGUGAAUGUGAUCGCCCGUUUCCAAAUCAAACAUCUGUCAGAAGCCUUGAAAGAUAAGAAUGUAACAUUAAGCCUCCUCAGUGGAUCCGUGUUCAAAGGAGUUGCCGAUAAAUGCUCGGUAAAUGAUGCCGUGUACAACAAAAACGAAGUGGGAGUGAAAAAUAAACGACUCUUUCUGCAUUUCAUCUGUAAGGAACAAGCUGAAGGUACAUGGGUUUACUGUUUAGGUGGUUGGAAAAAGUGCGACGAAGUGAUUUCGAUCGGGUCGACCAGUAUUGUGAAUGGAUUAACGGACUAUAUUCCCCAAUGCGCAUAUCUAAGUGGGAGCUUGGAUGGAUAUAGCAACUAUUUCCCUAGGACUGGAGCUGUGGCAGACGAUCUGAAUCGUCUCGUUGAUAAAUUGGAACUCGUCAUGUCAAGUAGGGUCAUGGGUUGGAAAAUACUUUAUGCUUUUAGAAUACACCGGCUACUGUUUACUUCAGUAUUUGUCGCCGGACACAAUCGGCGAUGGAGCUAUUAAUGGAUUUGUGGUCAAAAAUGUACGUUUUUUUGGACUCUGGUUAUCCGUUUUUUUUUUUGAGAUUUCUGAAUUCAUACCUCUUUGCACGCACAGAUGUUUUAGGCAAGUAUUGAGGACGUUUCCGACUUGAAAUGCCCUUCCAUGACCGAAGGAGAUUUCUGUCAUGGGAAUCUGGGCACUGGAACCUUAUGUUGUUUGCCUUUUAUAAAGAAUCAGAGAUCUUUCGAGGACUAUAAAAAGAUGAUUAGGAGUCUAUUUGGGGUGUUUGUCGAUGAUUUGUGUAAGUGGUAAUGGGAUGGUAAUACACUACUACUGAUUAUAAUCUAAUUCUACUGUUUUGAUUACAAUAUGUGUAUUAUAGCUUUGGCCAAGGAUACAGCCCGUAUUGAAGAGGUCGUGAAAAAGCCGGGAUCGUGCAAUGUGAACGCAGAUGAAAAGAAUUCCAACGAUGAAUGUGCCCGGGAGAAAGGAUGCUUCGUCGAGUAUUUGUUCACCCUUGAUAAAGUGAGUUCUAAGCUGAACAAUUUUAAAUUUUGUUUUGAGAAUUGUAAUAUAAAUUUACAUGUUAUCUAUUCAAUAAUCCAAAUGACUUCAGAACCGAAGAACCAGUGGGUGUUCGACCAGCGCAACUGAUCUGACCAUUUUAUCCGACGAUCAGUACCAUCAGCACAUCCAUGCUGCCUCUAUCUGCCAGAUUUAUAUGAACGGAAAGGCCGAACCCUUCAAAGAUAUGUGUCUUUUGGUGAACAAUGGGAUCGAAUCCUUGGACGGGUCGGUAUUUUUAUGGCCCAAGUACACAGAAGGGGAUCUUCUCAGAAGUUCCAAGCUCGUUUGUUGCUGCAAGAAAGCGAUGAAUUGUGAUUCUGACGUCUCCAGAUUCCAAUUAUAUUACAGUAAUUUCUUGGACGAAGAGAAUUUUAAAAGCGAGCACUGGCUGGAGAAUCUGGGAGUGCUCAAGUAA